GAAACACGCGUCGUGUCAGGCGGUCUCCAAUUGUGGUUGUGCUUGGAAGUCAAUCAGUGGCGGAAGCAGCAAUAGCGACAACAGCGACAACAACGUGGCUCUCAUUCAUCGAACUUUCUGGGCCACAUGAAUCGGGGCAUCGGCACGCCUUGGCACACGUGGUGGGGUAUGGCGGAGUUUGGUCCGGCCAGGUUACAGCGGGGCAGUUAGCACGAGUCAGCGUGGACUGCAUCUGAAGUCUCGCUCGUAAUCCUUCAGUCUUGCCAUAUCAAGACCUAACGAUAUAGCCCAAGAUGUUCAAGAAAGACUUUACAGCUGGCAGCAAAAGCAAAGUGAAGAGCUCAGUAGCUCGCGCCGUCAGAGCCAAAGUAAUGGAGACGUACCCUAAGCUAGAACCGCAUAUUGAAGAGAUACUACCGAAGAAGGAGCAGCUCGACAUCGUCAAAUUACCCGAUAGAGUCUCAUUGUACUGUCUCAAUGACAAGGCUCUGUUCUGGCAGCACAUGGAUGACCCGAUCAUGCCGCACCUGAAGAUAGUGCAUCAGUACCCGUGGGCUUUCCCGCGGAUACGCAUAGAUCGGGGAGCGAUACGAUUCGUGCUGGGAGGAGCUACGCUCAUGGUGCCAGGCUUAACGAGUCCGGGUGGUCGACUACCAGGUGCUGAUGGGACAGAAUGGGGCAAGGAUGGUAAGGACUUGGAGGCUGGGGAUGUGGUCGUAGUGGAGGCAGAAGGCAAGGAGACUGCUUGUAUGAUCGGCGUGUUGAAGAUGAGUACCAAGGAUAUGAAGGAGAAGAAGAAAGGGCCAGGCAUUGAGGAGGGGCAUUAUGUGGGCGAUGGAUUGUGGAAGCUGGACCUGAGCUGAGAGGCUACGGUUGAGGUCGAGUUGUGUUCGUCAGAAACCCAAGUGCAUUCCAGAAAUAACAUGCAUCGAGCUUGUACGACAGCCGGAGCAGCUUCCUACCAGCAUCACGACUGAGCAUAAGCGUGUCGUCACGAUUUAUCAGCUAGGUCAUUCUGGCGCGCACGUGUAGGACAUCGCAUGCUAUGCUCGUACUCAAGGCUUGGUUCCGCUGGU